CACACGCCAUUUUAAAAUAAAAUUUGUAGGGAACUGACGCUAUAUCCAUUCAGGCAGUUUGAAAGCAGAGAGUAUUGAAACUCCUGCUACCGUAUUGAUCGAAAGGAGACCGUUUGCAACGUUUAUUAGUCAUGGAGCGUGGCGGUUAUGGUGGUGGUGCCGGACAGGGGUAUAAUAAUUUCGCUGUCCCCCCACCAAACUACCAGCAAAUGCCAAGUAAAACUGGUAACUACAACGAGCCACCUCCGAACUACAGCAAACAAGGCGGUGGUUAUGAUUCCGGUCAUCGUGGUUCUGGCGGCGGCGGAGGUGGUGGCGGCGGUUCAUGGAACGACAGAGGAGGCAAUUCCUACGGAAAUGGAGGCGCCAGCAAGGACAGCUACAACAAAGGACCCGGUGGAUAUUCGGGCGGCGGUGGAGGAGGCGGCGGGGGCUCCAGUGGCGGCGACAUGAUCACCCAGGAGGACACGAUCUUUGUCUCGGGCAUGGAUCCAUCCACCACAGAGCAGGACAUUGAAACUCACUUCGGAGCCAUCGGUAUAAUCAAGAAGGACAAGCGCACUAUGAAGCCAAAGAUUUGGCUGUACAAGAACAAGGAGACCGGCGCCUCCAAGGGAGAGGCCACUGUCACCUACGACGACACCAAUGCGGCGCAGUCCGCCAUCGAGUGGUUCGACGGCCGCGACUUCAACGGGAAUGCGAUCAAGGUCUCCUUGGCCCAGCGGCAGAACAACUGGAACAAGGGCGGCGGAGGUCGCGGAGGAUUCGGUGGUCGCCGGGGAGGCGGCGGAGGUGGUGGUGGUGGCGGCGGUGGAGGCCGAUUUGAUCGCGGAGGUGGUGGCGGCGGCGGCAAUGGAGGCGGAGGCGGCCGCUUUGACCGGGAAGGCGGCGGCGGACGGGGCGGCGGAGGAAGUGCUGGCGGCGGCGGUGGCAACGUGCAGCCCCGUGAUGGCGACUGGAAGUGCAACAGCUGCAACAACACCAACUUUGCCUGGCGAAAUGAGUGCAAUCGAUGCAAGACGCCCAAAGGCGACGACGAAGGUUCCAGCGGUGGUGGUGGCUACGGAGGUGGCGGCGGCGGAGGCUACGAACGGAACGAUCGCGGAUCCGGCGGUGGAGGAUAUCAGAACAGGGACCGCGGGGGCAACUCCCAAGGAGGCGGCGGUGGCGGAGGAUACUCGCGCUUCAAUGACAACGGCGGUGGCGGCGGCGGAGGACGUGGUGGCCGGGGAGGCGGAGGAGGGGGCGGAAACCGGCGCGAAGGAGGCGGUCCAAUGCGGAAUGACGGUGGCAUGCGUUCUAGGCCAUACUAAGAACAGCCAAUCAAUGGCACCUAUUUUUUCACAUUUACGUAUUAAUGGUAGCGAGUACUCUUUUAAUUGUACUUUUAAAUUUACCAGUCAGAGCUAAAUAUAAAUACCAGCACAUCUUCAUUUUAACCGAUUUCUAGCCAACACGGACACGGUUAUCGCUCGUUUUGACUGAACUUAUAUAUAUUGUAAUCUAAUUUAACAAUUGUAACAUGGUACAUACAAAUAAAAUACAUUAUAUAUAUAUA